AUGAAAAAGGGAGUAUCAGCAAGGUUUCCCCCCCCCAUUUCUCUCUUCAAAAACACACUCCCUGUUCAGCUCCUCCUCACUAUCCGCUGUGCAGACCACUCCGUCAAGCCCCUCGACGAGUGGCAACUCAAGUGCUCCUUCACCGACUUCCUCAAAUCCUCCUUCUCCCUCACCGUUCCCGAAGACGACAUCGUCGUUCGCAGAUUCAAGGACCUCAAGAAGCGCAAGCGCGAUGAUCCUGUCACUCACGGCGUUCUCUUCAUUCGUGACCUAGGGUUUCUAUCCAAGUUUUCCAGAUCGAAAAUUCUUCAUGGUAUAGAUGGAGAAGACAAUGUUAAGGAACUCGAGAAGAAGUUUCUGGGCUGGAGAAGAUUGGUUGUUGGUAAGACCGACGGGAUUGAGUUGAAUCUUGAAGGUGUUAAGUUUAGAUUGACUGCUUCAGUUCCGGAAUCAGAUGAUUUUGGAAUGACGAAAGAGUGGGAAAAGCUUAAUGCGUUUGGAUAUUCAAGAGGCGGGAGGCAACAGCAGCCUAAUACAAUUGUGUUGAAAAGUGUUCCAUCUCGCUGGUUUGCUGACCCAAGAGUUUCGUCUAAGCCUUCAAUGCUGGUCACUCACACAAUUUUUUCUGUAUUUGGGAAGAUAAGCUAACAGAAGCACCAAAAGCACAAUUUUCAUGUGAUUACAAUGAUCACCUUGCUCUUGUCCGGGCUUAUGAGGGCUGGAAAGAAGUUGAAAGAGACAUAGCUAGAUAUGACUACUGCUAAAAGA